AUGGCCUCUCUUGAAUUACAUCUGGCUCCUGUUGCUACCAACUCUGCUCCUGCAUCCGCUUCUACAUCUUGUGCUGUUUCCUUCUCCAACGAUAUGCCUGUUCCGAGAAGUAACCGUCCAAGGAAUAGCGAGGCGACUUCUGAUGUCUCUGGGAUUCCUCUGAGAGGGGUUAUUCAAAAAUCCAUAUUCGUGACGAGACUUAAUCCCGAAGCCACUGCCGAGGAUGUAAGGAUCUUCCUCUGUGAGAAACUGCAUGCCCCGGACAACGCUAUUUCUAGCUAUGACUACUGCAAGCUGUUCGAUCGCCGAGAUUACAAGGACCCUGAAGGAUCUUGUCCAGCUCCUCGCCUUAAAAAUGGAAGCGACGAGCAGAACAAUACCAGUAGCUCAAUUACUGCGGAAAGCUUUGCCAAAAUCAUUCCUGAGUUUGACGUUGAAUCCAUACCGGUCAAGCAUUGGUUUGACAAUUUUGAGCUGAAUGCUGAAGCUUGUGGUCUGAACAUAAAGCAAAUUGCGAAUCGCAUGAAGAAGGUCACCAUUAACGGCGUCGAAGUGGAAUGCCUGGUAGAUACCGGAGCAAAUGUAUCCGUGUUGAGAAAAUUCAUCUUCAACAAAAUUCCUUAUCUUAUCUUGGAGAAAAGUGAAUCGAAGCUGCGUGGUCUGGGAAAGAAGAUCACAUGCCCAAUUGGACGUUUUUUUUCCGAUGUCGCAGUAGACGAAGUGACGACUUCACAAAGCGUCGUUGUCAUAGACGAUGAAGACAUUGAAUAUGAUGCGCUGCUCGGAUAUGAUUUCGUCUCUAAGUUCAGCCUGUCAUUCUCUGCGGAAGGAUACAAGUUUUCUUCUCUGCAAGGGGAGAAAGCUUGUGAGGAACCAAAUCAGAUGAGUAUUUACAAUAUAAUUAAUACAAGUGACGAAAUCGAUGUUCCUUCCCAGUACGCAAAGGAAGUGUCUAUGCUGAUAAAAAACUACAAGGCAGCGGAUUUGGUAGCAGAGGUUCCAGUUAAGCUGCGAAUCGUUCCAGACGGCGAGAUCAUCACAUUUCGUCAGUCCCCGAGUCGAUUCGCCAUUGCCGAAGAAAAUGAUGUCGAGAAGCAGAUCGACGAAUGGUUAAUAACAGAUUGCGUCGCAUUCAAGCAAACCCUACAGAAGGCGGAUGAGCCAAGAGCAGUAAGGCAGUGGAUAAUUUAUCCGCAGGACUUCGGGUUUGCAGUUGAACACCGUCCUCAGAUGAAUGCAUUUCAGAGUUUGAAGGAUGCGCUGACAAAGGAGCCGUAUUGGAGCAAAAAGACAACCGAAGCUGAGUCUCGCCAGCACAGUUACAUCUUAGAAGCAAAGGCCGUAUAUCUAGCGGUAAAGAAAUUCAGACACUAUUUGCUGGGAUCGACGUUUAGGUUAAUAACAGAUUGCGUCGCAUUCAAGCAAACCCUACAGAAGGCGGAUGUGCCAAGAGCAGUAAGGCAGUGGAUAAUUUAUCUGCAGGACUUCGAGUUUGCAGUUGAACACCGUCCAGGCGAACGACUUAAGCACGUUGACUGUCUUAGUCGUUAUCCCAAUCGUGUUAUGCUGGUGUCUUUAGAAAUCACAGCUCGAAUUAAAAAUGCUCAAGGAAAAGACGAAAUGCUGAAGGCAAUAAUGGAAAUUCUCGCCAGCCGUCCUUAUGAGGGAUACAAGAUGAAAGGUGGACUUGUCUAUAAGGAGAUAAACGGCAAUGAUUUACUUGUAGUCCCAAAAGUGAUGGAAAAAUAUGUUAUUGUAGACGCCCACAAUUCAGGUCACUUUGCUCUUCAAAAAACUGUACAUGCUGUUCAACAAUCCUAUUGGAUUCCUCAUCUGGAGCAAAAGACGGUGGACACCGGCGCGACAGCGAGUUUCAUCAGCAAAGAGCUGGCGGACAGGCUGCAGGCGGCAGGAAAGGUUGGACCCACAAAGAGGCAAGUACGGAUGGCGGACGGUAGAUGCGGAGACGUAAAAUCGCAGUUAGAAAUUCAAAUCGGACUUGGCACAAGAAAAGUGUCAAUGGAGCUGCUGAUCCUCCCAGGAUUGAUUGACGAACUGGUGCUAGGAUGGAACUUCCUCACCAAAAUCGGAGCCGAGGUGAAAUGCGCAGGUCACAGAGUGAUGAUACCGGCGAGGGACAGACACCGAGGCUGGCUAGAGGAAAAACUGUCGGUAGCAGUCGUGGAAGCCGCGAAGGAAUUUUCGGAGAAGGAUGUGGACCAGUUUUUAAAGACCGAGUUGGAGAGCCUGGAAAAUCUGCAAGGCACGUCAAACGUGGCAGUACACAGGAUCACCAUGAAAGACGAUCAGCCGGUCAAACAGCGGUACUAUCCGAAGAAUCCAAAAAUGCAGGGCGAGAUCAACGCCAAAGUAGACGAGCUACUUGAAAAGGGAUGCAUCGAACCGUCAAGGAGUCCGUACAGCUCACCAAUAGUCAUGGUGAGAAAGAAGACCGGGAAAUGGAGGCUCUGGGUGGAUUUCAGGCAGAUCAACGCAAAAUCCGUAAAGGAUGCAUAUCCAAUGCCGAUGAUCAACUACAUCCUGGACCAACUCCGAGAAGCUAAAUAUAUUAGCAGCCUCGACUUGAAGGACGGGUACUGGCAAAUACCGUUGGAGGCAGCCAGCAGGCAGUAUACCGCAUUCACAGUGCCAGGGAAAGGCCUGUUUCAAUGGAAAGUUAUGCCUUUCGGUUUACACUCGGCAUCGGCAACAUUCCAGCGGGCGUUGGACCAGGUAAUUGGACCUGAAAUGAUGCCGCAUGCUUUCGCGUAUCAGGAUGAUAUAAUCGUCAUCGGACGGACACUAGAGGAGCACAUGCGGAACCUAAAGGAAGUAUUCAGAAGACUGCGAGCGGCGAACCUGAAAGUAAACGCGGAUAAGUGUAAAUUCUUCAGGAAGGAACUUCAAUACUUAGGGCAUCGCAUUACAGACCAGGGCAUCGGGACGGAUCCAGAAAAGGUAUCAGCGAUAGCACUGCUGAAACCACCGGCAAAUGUCAAAGAACUACGGCAGUACUUGGGAGUGGCGUCGUGGUACAGGCGUUUUGUGCCAGAUUUUGCCACGCUAGUGCAUCCGCUGAACGCCCUUCUCCGAAAGGGUGUCAAAUGGGAAUGGACCGACGACCACCAGCAGGCCUUUGAAGCUGUCAAGGCAAGAUUGGUCGCCGACCCAACUUUGGCAUGCCCGGAUUUUACAAAGCCGUUUGUGCUGCAGACCGAUGCGAGCGAUUAUGGGCUGGGCGCCAUUCUCACUCAAAAUUCCGACCAGGGUGAGCGGGUGAUAUCCUAUUCCAGUCGGACCCUAAACGGGUCGGAAAAAAGUUACUCCGCCACUGAAAAGGAAUGUUUAGCAAUCGUGUGGGCCAUAAGAAAAUUAAAGCCAUACCUGGAGGGAUACCACUUCAAAGUGAUAACAGAUCACAUGGCCUUGAAGUGGUUGAAUAGCAUCGAGAGCCCAACCGGAAGAAUCGCGCGGUGGGCACUGGAGCUCCAGCAAUACGACUUCGAAAUAACAUACAGGAAAGGCCAGCUGAAUAUUGUGGCGGACGCAUUGUCGCGGCAGCCCUUACCCGAAACCUGCCGAAGGGUGAAAACGAAGUCGCCUGGUCAGUCAGCAGAACAAGCCGAAUGUAGCUGGAUAAGGGACAUAAGGGGCAAGAUAGCACAGAACCCCCAAAAAUAUCCGGACUAUUUAGUGGAGGCCGACCGGCUGUACCGGCACAUUCCUCACAGAGCAGGCAACGAGGAUGUGGUCGCAUGGAAGCUAUGCGUACCAAUCGGGUCAAGGCAGCGAGUCAUGGUGGAGAACCACGAUACGCCGACGGCCGGACACAUGGGCAGCCGGAAAACGAUCGCGAGGGUGGCAGCGAGGUAUUAUUGGCCGGGCAUGCACCGCGACAUUAGGAAGCACGUGCGGAACUGUGAGAGCUGCCUCAGGUACAAGCCCAGUCAGCUCCAGGCAGCCGGAAAAAUGCUCACACAGAUCCCAGAGGAGCCAUGGGCCACAGUAUGCGCCGAUUUCGUUGGGCCGCUUCCUCGGUCGAAACACGGAAACUCGAUGCUACUAGUGCUCGUAGAUCGGUUCUCGAAGUGGACGGAAAUAGUACCAAUGCGGAGGGCUACCACGGAGACGCUGGAAAAGGCAAUCCGGGAAAGGAUUGUCUCAAGGUACGGCGUGCCGAAGGUCUUAAUCACCGAUAACGGGGUACAGUUCACGAGCAGGGCGUUCAAGCGGUUCCUGACAGAGUUGGGAGUGCGGCACCAGUUCACAGCCCCGUACACACCACUAGAAAAUCCCACGGAGAGGGCCAAUAGAACCGUAAAAACAAUGAUCGCCCAGUUUGCCGGACGAGACCAGAGAACGUGGGAUGAGAAAUGGCCAGAAUUGCAGCUGGCCGUAAACACUAGUGUAGCCGAGUCCACAGGGUAUUCGCCGGCAUUCGUCACGCAGGGUAGAGAGCCCAGGUUACCGAGCGCGUUGUUUGAUGAAGAAACCACCGGCACAGGAAGGGAAACCCAGACCCCGUCGGAGAAUGCGAAAAAAAUAAACGAAAUCUUCGAGCUGGUCAGACGGAACAUGGAGAAGGCGGCGCAGGAUCAGGCGCGCACUACAAUCUCC